UUUGUGUUUGUGUUCGCGGCGCCCUCUGUUCUUCCUCCAAGUGUCAUCGUGUGAAAAUGUCGUUAAUUUUGAACAAAAUCGCAGAAAAUUUCGUUUAAAUUGAAUAAAGUGUGUCGUUUUGUUCGUUUGUCGUGCUUGUGCACACAUUUCGUGUGCCUUUUGUGUGCUUUUUGCUGCGUAAAGUGCGUCAGAUUCGUGCCGAUCCGUUUGGCGCGCUUUGACCAAACAAGAGUCGUUUUAAUGGCCGCAAAAGCACCACUCAAUUUGGAUGGACGUUGAGGGGUUGUGGGCAGGGGGCGCAUGUCUUGGGCUGUGAUGGCGUGCCCCAAGGCGAAGAGCCGCAAGGCGGAGCCCGACUCCACCACCAAGGAGGCCGACUUUGGGCCCGGUCAGGACGUGCUGCUCAAGCAAAAGGACGGCAGGUACUAUCUGGGAACGGUGGUCGAAGUUGAUGGGGCCAGGGAACGGUGUCUCGUCAAAUUCGGGGACAAUACGGACAGUUGGUCGAGUUUCAAGGAUUUGACCAAGUUGAGUCAACCGCAACAGGAGGAUCUCUUGUGUGUCGUUUGCAAGAAAUCCACGCCCAAAAACAACACCGAAAUCACGGUCUGUGAUAAAUGCGGCAGGGGGUACCAUCGCAAGUGUCAUCAGCCCGAAAUUCCCAACGAAUGCCAAAAAGAAGAUUCAGUAUGGAUGUGUAAAAGAUGUACAAGCAGCGAACCACAUAGACUGAAAAAAACUGAUUCAAAGCAUUUGAAGCGAGAAUCUCGAAAUGCGGCUUCGUCAAGUAGCGACAGUCGUUUUAUUGCUCCAAUUACAAAAGUAUUACCUUACGAUUUAAAUUCGCUUACAUGGGACACAUAUCAUCGGGUAAACGACGAACACAUUUAUUGUUAUUGUGGUGAAAAUGGCGAAUGGUACAAACAAAUGUUACAAUGUACAAGGUGUAAACAAUGGUUUCAUGAAAGGUGUUUGGAUUGUCUUCAGUAUCCGUUAUAUUGCGGCGACAGGUUUUAUGUGUUUGUUUGUUCGAUUUGUAAUCACGGCAAGGAGUUUUUAAGACGUUUGGAAAUGAAAUGGGUUGAUCUUGUUCACUUGAUGCUUUUCAAUCUCACAGCUUACAAUAGUAAAAAGUAUUACGAUUUGGACACAACUGUCAUUCCUUAUAUUAAUGACAAUUGGCAUGCCUUACAGCUACCACCAAAGAUCGUUUCAGUGAGUAAAUCAGAACGUCGUGACAACAUCCUGUCAGUUCUCACAAACAAUCGAAAUCGUUUCAAGUGCGGUCGUGAAAUAAAAAAACGCACCACAAUAUGGGGGCUGCGUGUGCGUUUACCGCCGCCCGCCCCCACCGUAACCCUAAAUUUCAAUGGGUGUAUCACGGAGGAGGAGCUACGUGAGGUGUGGCAAGGUAAUCGCCGCCUACAAUUCCUCCCAUUUGCUGAAAAUGGAGGCGUGGUCGUGCCGUGUGAUAAUCAUAUGCGUGGUCUUAUGAUGGGCGUGUCCUAUCAGCAAAACGGUAAUCGUUCUGAAACCGAUUCGCCUUGUCCCAGCCCCGAAAGGGAGGAGCCAUUGCAUUUAUUGGCCGGUUGUGCGAAAAAAACCGUCCCAUUUUCGAAUAUUACGGGUCAAAGGCGUGGCAAACGACGCAAUACGACGACCAAUGACGAAACCGAACGCUAUUUAACACGUUUCAGUUUGGAUAGCAGUAAGAAUUAUAAAAGCGAAUCACUGCCUUUGACUCCGCCUACUUCUGUUUCGGCACCGCCUACACCGCCCGCCUCCGGUUCGAAUUCACUUCUAUCGGAUGAUUUUUCCGAGCCAUUGUUGAAAAAAGGCGGCGGUGAAUCAUCAGGUGAUGAAACGUCAUCAAAAAGCACACUUGAUUUAAUAAUACCGCCACCGAAAGAUUUCGAAGGUAAAAAUAAUCCAUUUUUGGCGUUACUAAGGGGCGGGGAUGAGCCGAAAAAAAGGCGGAGCAAAGAUACAAUUACUUUACCUCUACCUUUAACGGCUGUGAUACCAGGCAAACCAUUAAUGCGACCGAAGAAACGCCAAUUGAGCGAAAAAGAUAUUUUUAUUGGACCAAAUGGUGAAGUUAAAAGGCGGCGAUUAAGGCGGGGCCGAUUUGAGAAAACAGCCAGUAAAACAGCAGCGGUUCUGCCGGUCAGAACUGAUUCAAAGGAAUGGGGACAACGAGGGACGGAGUUUGCAUUAAAUGGGCGGAGGUUGCGACAGCGGCCCGAGAAGGCGGUGCCAGAGAAGGAAAAGGCGGGGCCAACAACAAAACCGAGUCCAGUCAAACAAGAGCCGGAGAUAAACAUGGACGAUUUGAAGAGUUCAGUAAAUAUUUAUUUUGGGGCGGCGAAUCGGAUCGCAGCAGGCGAGAGGUUUGCGGUUAAGGCGAAAAGGGUGGGUCCGAGUGGAAAACUGGAGUUUUUGAUCGAGUGGGAGGGGCCUGGCAACGGAAUGACUUGAUUGAUGACCAAUCAAAUUGUGUUCAUGUGACCAUUAAGAGGCGGUGCUUUGUAAAUAAAAUUGUAGAGUGUAUGUGUGUGUGUGUGUGUGUGUGUGUGUUGAUGGUCACAGAUUUAUUAUUUUUUUGGACAGUUCCUUGCACGCGAAAUAGUUGGACUACAUCAUUACUUGACUUGAAAACUUCCGAUUUGCCAAAGAGGCCGAUUGUUUUUUCGCUAAUCAAAUAACUGCCAAUGUUGAGUCACUGCCAAUUGUUUUUUUUUUAAUUUUUGUGUGUUAAACAUGUAAUCCAACUGAAGUUGUGAUAUAAAACGAGAAAAAGUUAGGGAAUUUUUUAUUUGGAAUUGUAAUAAAUGGCCUUGACAUUUCUAUACAGGUGCAUUCAGUAAUUAUUAGUUGGGACAUUAAGUUUGUCACCCCCUUUAUAUUUUUUUGUCUUUUUAUUUCUAUCUUAAGUAUGUAGUUAAUGAGACUGAAAUUAUUUUUACUAGUUUUUAUUCACACUUGACGUUUGUGAAACGUCAUUUUCAGUCAAAAUUUGUAUUUUUAUUAACAAUUAUUGUUAAAUAAAGCAACUUGUAUUAUA